GCAAAGGGUCGCAGAAGAAGGCACAUCCAAUUAGAGUGAAAGUCCAUUCGAAGAUUCAUAAUAUGGCAGAUACCAAGGUAAGCCUGAAGCUUUUGAUAGACAAAAAGAGCCAUCGAGUGCUCUUUGCUGAAGCAGACAAUAAAUUUGUUGAUUUCCUCUUUAGCAUUUUCACUAUGCCUGUCGGAACUGUCACGAUGCUCUUACAGAAGCAAAACAUGUCAGGCUCCUUGCGUAGUCUGUACAAGAGCAUUGAGAAUCUGAGUGAUAUUUACAUUCAGCCAGACCAAGACAAAGACUUUCUGCUAAAACCACAAGUAGCCAUUUCUGGUGCUAAAGUCCCUCUCCUCUUGCCAAGCGUUGAGCAGUCAAAUACAUCCAAGAAAUUGUAUAGGUGUGGAAGCCACUACGGCAACGUGUCUCAUGACUGGAGAGCAAUUUGUCCUGCGUGCAAAUGUUCAAUGACCACCGAGGUAAGUUACGUAAACCCACCAAGCGAUAUCAAGGCAUCCUCCUCUGGUGAGGGAGGUUACGUGAAAGGAUUGAUUACAUACAUGGUGAUGGACAAUCUUGACGUGAAGCCCAUGUCCACCAUCUCUGCUAUCACUUUGCUUAGCAAAUUUAAUGUCACCGACGUGGGGUCUGUUGAGGAGAAAGUCGUGGAUUUUGGCAUGGAUGAGGGUGUGAGAUUACUCGUGGCUUCUUUGCAAUCGAAGACUGUUCUGACUGAUGUCUUCCUGCCGAAAGAUCGGAACCAUACUGUUAAUGAGGAGUAAUUCCAGCAGAUGUUGAAUGAAGGCAGUGUUGCUUCACAUUGCUCUUUUAAUUUCAAGGCGCAAGAACUUUGUGGGAUAUUUGAUCCAAAGAAGUAUCUUUGAGAGUGGUACCAUGUUUCUCAUGUUCUGUUUCAGACCUUUUACAUUCUAUGUUAAUCAAACAUUAUCUAGAGUGGUAAUAUAUAUGUUUUUUUUAUUUGUUUGUUUCUAAA